AGCUCCCGCCGGUUAGCAGACAGCUCUGACAGAUCUUCUGGGGUCCUGCCAUGUGCUUGUACCUUUGUAUCACAAGCGACAGCACUAACGUGGCAGGAUGGAGCUGCCCGGCUAUCACGGCAGAGGCUCAUUUGUAACGCUGCCUUAAGGAGAUAAGAAGAUGAGACCAAACUGUUCCAGCAGCUCAGCCUGCCCUGCCAACAGUUCGGAGGAGGAGUUGCCGGUGGGGCUGGAGGCGUAUGGAAACCUGGAACUUGUGUUCACGGUGGUGCUGGCCGUGAUGAUGGGCCUGCUUAUGUUCUCCCUGGGAUGCUCCGUGGAGAUCCGGAAGCUCUGGUCGCACAUCAGGAGACCCUGGGGCAUUGCUGUGGGACUGCUCUGCCAGUUUGGGCUCAUGCCUCUUACAGCCUAUCUCCUGGUCGUCAGCUUUUCUCUGAAGCCAGCCCAAGCGAUUGCCAUCCUCAUCAUGGGCUGCUGCCCAGGGGGGACCAUCUCAAACAUUUUCACCUUCUGGGUUGAUGGAGAUAUGGAUCUCAGCAUCAGUAUGACAACCUGUUCCACAGUGGCUGCCCUGGGAAUGAUGCCACUCUGCCUUUAUCUCUACACCUUGUCCUGGAAUCUUGAGGAGAAUCUCACCAUUCCAUAUCAGAACAUAGGAAUUACCCUUGUGUGCCUGACCAUUCCUGUGGCCUUCGGUGCCUAUGUGAAUUACAGGUGGCCAGAACAAUCCAGACUUAUUCUUAAGGUUGGGGCCAUUGUUGGCGGAGUCCUCCUCUUGGUGGUCGCGGUUGCUGGUGUGGUGCUGGCGAAAGGAUCAUGGAAUUCAGAUACCAUGCUUCUGACCAUCAGUUUCAUCUUUCCUUUGAUUGGCCAUAUCAUGGGCUUUUUGCUGGCACUUCUUACCCACCAAUCUUGGCAGAGGUGCUGGACCAUUUCCUUGGAAACCGGAGCUCAGAACAUUCAGAUGUGCAUCACCAUGCUCCAGUUAUCUUUCACUGCCGAGCAGUUGGUCCAGAUGCUUAACUUCCCAUUGGCCUAUGGGCUCUUCCAGCUGUUGGAUGGAUUUCUCAUUGUUGCAGUGUAUAAGAUGUACAAGAGGAGACUGAAAAACAAACACAGGAAAAAGCACCCGCAUUGUGCAGAAGCCUGCUGUAAGAAGAAACCCAAAGAGACCAGUGCUUUCUUGGAGGUGAUUGAAGAAGCUGCUCUCACUCCUGGGCCGUCAGGGCCCGUGGCUCACGGUGCUCUCGAGCCAACUGGCCGCAUCUCAUGUGCCAAGUAGGGGCUUGCUGGCUUGACGGGUCCCUGUCCUCCUCAGCGGGCAGCAAAGACAGUGCAGAGCUGAUGAGUGAAUCUCGUUGUCAGGGCUGAUGGGAAUGUUUGAGUGUCAGAUGUUAACGUAUUUAUAUUUUUGUGUGCAUUGUGAAUUGUCAUAGGAUCCCUUUUUGAAAGUCUGUUCUGCCUAUUUCAGGUUGUUCCUUUGUGGGUUUACACAACAUAGCUACCAGCUGCUGUGUGUGUUCUAUCUUCCCAUACAGUGAAGAGUGACCCCCACUGUUACGUGAAGUCAUCCUCAAGUUGAGAAUUUUAAUGUCACAAGAGUUAGGACUCUGUAUAGAGGGGAUGUCACCUCAUACCGCAGGGCAAGGACAGAGUCUGGACCCACCUGACUUCUUGACUUUGGGCAAGUCCUUUGUGGCAUUGGGGAGGAAGCAUACAGCUCUUAUUAAAAAUGGGGUCUUUUUGCAAAUGAUUGUUAUUUUUUAGAGCUUGAAAAUCUUUUUGGAUUAUAGAUGUAAUACAUGCCUAGAGGGAAUUUAAUGGACAUUUAAGGUUAAUAUUUUUACUCCGUAGAGAGAGGCACACAUAUAUUCUUUUAACAUAUAUUUAUAUGUUGUGGCAUUUUAAAAACAUGGAGAUCACUCCAUAUAAACUUAUGUAAGUCACUUAAUGACAUAUUACGGAGCAUCUUUAUGUGUCAGUCUUUGUUGAACUACCUCAUUCUUUAGAACAGUGGCUCCAUAGAAAUAUUCCAGUGCAUGGAAGGACUGUAAUUUAUUUAACUGUUCCUUAUUCACAGACAUUUAAAUAGCUUUCAACUUACUGGUAUCACAAGUGCUACAAACACUUGUGCCUUCAUGGAGGUAUUUCUGUGGGAUCACUUCCUAGGCUUGAAUUGCCGGGUUGACUGCACAUCGCAAUGCUGGGCAGAGAGCUCUCUGGCACCGUUGUAUAAAGUGCCUGGGAGCACCUGGUUUCCCACAGUCGCACCAGUCUUAAGAAUGAUCAUUCUACUUUAGGAAAAUAUCUCGUCUAAAGUUGCAUUGUUAAAAUUGUGAGUGAAGUAGAGUAUUUUUCAUGAUCACUUACCUGUUUGUGUUCUUUGCCUGCUUUUCUAUUUUUUUAUUUCCUUUUUGAUGGAUAAAUUUUAACAUAUUAACAUAUUAUAUAGAUCAUGACCCUUUAUCCUGUUUUGUCAGUAUUUUACCUAGUGUUUUGUCUUUUGUUUUUGUGUGUCUUUUGCUGUAUAGAAGUUUUAUAUUUUUUACAUAUUCAGCUUUAUUAGUCUUUUAAAAAAUGUUUUUUGCCCUCAGUGUUGGUCAAAUGUUAGACUAUUUAUAUUUUUGUAUGGAUUGUGAAUUGUAAAAGGAUCCCUUUUUGAGAAUGCAUUUGGCCCCUUUUCAGGGAGUUCUUUUUGGAGCUCUGCACACAUGCUUAUUAGCUGCUGUGUAUACUGUCUGGCAGUAGGUAAGACCCAUCCUCUUUCUCUAUUCUUACAGUAUUAAAAUCCCAUAUAUUUUUGUUACUUUUAUGUAUUAAAUAUGUACAUGUUUAUUCCAUUUUGAAUUUCUUUUUCCCUGUGUUAAGAAUCUAAUUAAUUGUCCUAAGAUCGUAUAUUGAAUCAUUCAUCUUUACUGACAUGAAGUGCCACUUUUAUCACAUAACUUCCUAUAUAGUGUGUUUUUGUUGGACUCUGGUUCUGUUUUUUUUUCUUAUUUGUAAAUUUUGAAAUCUGUGAGAAACUGUAUUGUCUGAGAUUUAGUGCUUUACAAUUUUAUUUUGUAAGUAUACUUAAGAACUUGCAGGUUUUAUAUAUAUAAUGACAGUGAUUACUAUGGAAAGAGGUAUGGUAGGACAGAAAGAGCCCCCUUAGGUGUCACAAGUAUAUUUAUGUGGAGAAGAAGUAAACACAUGUGUGCCAUGAUUGUUAAUUCUCAGCUGCUGCAAUGAACAGUCAGGAGAGUUGUAUGUUUAGAGAUCCUCAGUUCUAAAAUGAGCUUUUAAAGAAUCCUCAAAAUAGGGAUUUCUAAAUUAUUUCUCUAUAUAGGCACCUAACACGAAAUGGUAAA